GUCGUCGUCGACCUUGAGCACCACCGGCAAAGACUUUCUCCAGAUUCUCAGGCAGUGUGUUCUGUCGGGGUUAGGGCAUAGAAAGUACAGUUUGAACAAUAUAAAAACCAUUACGCCACUGGAGAGUCCCCCGCAAACCAACAUAUACAAGUGUUUAUAAUGGCAGUGGACUGGGCUGGAUAUGGAUACGCAGCACUAGUAGCAUCUGGAGGAGUCAUGGGAUACGUCAAAGCAGGCAGUGUCCCAUCCCUGGCAGCAGGGCUGCUCUUUGGUGGUUUGGCUGGUUUUGGUGCUUACCAGACAUCACAAGAUCCUAAAAAUAUUUGGGUGUCUUUAGGUGCAUCUGGGACACUUGCUGCUAUCAUGGGAAAGAGAUUCUAUAACUCGCGCAAAAUCAUUCCAGCUGGUCUUAUUGCAGGAGCAAGUGUGCUGAUGCUGGCAAAACUUGGAGCCGGAAUGCUACAAAAACCUCCGCAAUCAUGAUACCCAAACAGAAAUCACUGUCUGCUUUCAUUCAAACAUAAUUUUCUUUGAACAACAUGUCAUUAAAGCUCAUUGUCAUAUUUUGUAUAAAAUGUACAAUAAAAAUUUAGGUGUCAGGAGAAAUGAAAAUGGGGUUAGAAAAUGAAAGGGGAAUGAAAAAAGGGGCUACUCAACAUAUAAGGAAAUAUAAAUAACACUGCCUUGCAGUUUAAAUUAAAAUAGAAAAAAAAAGAAAAGAAAAUAUGUAAGAACUGUAUGCCAUAAAAAAAUUCAGAAAGGUUAAAAAAGUAGAUUCAAUAUAUGGGAUAAAGAUCUAGAUUUUUUUAUUUAUUUAUUUUUUUUAUCAGGCAUUGGGUACAUAAUCCGAACAAGACAGAUUCAAAGAUGGACAAAAUGUUAGUUUUGUAAAAAUCUAUUUUACACCGAUUCUUGUUUUUUUUUUAUCGAACGAUUAAUCAGCCGUAGGCUUGCAGUAAUGGAUGUGGAUGCUCCUCGCAGAAACAAAAAGAUAUGUGUUUAUACAAUUUUCACAAGUGUUGAAACAAGCCUUAGUCCUCACAGCAGCUGUAGCUCGCAUAAUAGACAUUAGCAAUGGCUUCCAUAUUUUGCUGCCCAGUCAACUCGCCCAUGCACUGGAUGAACUGGUGGAGCGAUCUCCUUUUCCAUCCAUCAUUAUCUGAGAAAAGAGAAAAAAUAUUUAACACUUAUGCAAUUUCAGCAAAGCCUAAGUUGUGGGCUACUUAUGUAGUGAAGUGGGCGAUUCCAAAAUUAACACUUGCCAAGGGGCAAAAUAAUUAAAACUGUUUUGGGUAAAUAAAACCCUGGCCAGUAACUUAAUUAGGAACUUCAACAUCACAUGGCUCACAACAUAUGCAUAAUAGUCUGACAGAGGUGUUUAAAGGGGUCAUAUGACGUUGCUAAAAAAUAACAUUAAUUUGGGUAUUUGGUGUAAUGAAAUGUGUUUAGGUAAAAAAAAAACAAAAAAAAAACAUUAUUUUCCACAAUGUACAUUAUUGUUUCUCCUCUAUGCCCCGCUUUUCUGAAACGCACAGAUUUUUACAAAGUUUAUCGUUCUGAAAAGUGACGUGUACUCUGCUUGGCCGGCUGUCCAGUGCAUUGUGAUUGGCCGAAUUCCUCAAGCGUGUGAUGGAAAUGUUACGCCCCUUGACAUACUGUGAUGUCGAGUCCCAGUCAGAACACAGGCAUGCUAGUCAAAAACAUUAAUACCCAUUAUAAACAAGGCAUUUGUUGCACCCAGUAGGGACAUAUUUACAGAUUAUAAUGACUUAUACUGUCUUUUAAUUUGUUGCGUUGCAUUGCGCUGCAUAAACAUAAAACCAUGUCUGCAUAUGUGAUUGGAGAAAUUACAAACAACAAGCGCUACUCUACACUGCUCAAAAUUCAUGUUUGAAUCAUCAGUGGUUAAUUCUUUAAAUAUGUAAACAUACUUAAAGGCUGUGAGUCAGAAGCCUCAGACUGUCCUUGCAAAGUUGGAAUUGCCCCACUUUACAGAAACAGACUUUGUGCAUAAAAGCAUUGUAGGCAACUGGUUCAGGAAAUGGUCCUCGUCUUUCAUAAAAGUGCUGCACACAUCUGAAUAUUUGGGUUGAGCUGUAUUGAAACAGUGUUGUUAAUACAACUUAACCACUGAUUUCUAGUUGUGUCCUCUUUUGGAAGACCAAAAAAAGUACCGUAAUUCCUCAAAUAAAAGCCAGGGUCUUUAUUUACCUGAACUGCAGAAGGUAACAUGCUUUUAUUAGAGGCAGGCCUUUAUUUCUAAUUCAACUGUUUGAUAAGUAAUUGUUUUAAAUAACCUGUUUUAAAUUAAAAGUGAUACCGUUCCAGUAGAGAGAGAUCAUAACAUUAGCACAGAAUCAGUUCAGAAUCAAUCACCAAAAGAAUCAGUUUGGUUCAGACGCGCUCUGUGUCGGUCUGCUUCACACGGAAUCACACAUGUGCAGUAUCAUCAGUUUCUCGGUUCUCGAAUUAGACGCGUCCGACAGAAACCGUUAUCGGUUCAGUGUACUGAUGAUCCGAAAACCGAUGCAACUGGUUCUUGACUCGAGAACAAGAAAUGCUCUGGCAGUGGGCGUUUAUGUACAUUAUCUGGCUCUGCUGCACAAAUUAUCCCUCGGCCUUUAUUUAAGACCGGCCUUUAUUUGUCCGUGUUGACCAUGCCCCCGGCCACUAUUUUAGAGGCCCGGCAUUUAUUUGACCACUGGUUUUUAUUUGAGGAAUUACAGUAGUUUUGCUUUCACAUCGAAAAACACAGCAUGUCUACGACAUGACAGUGGUGACGGCAACAUUACUACAGCAAGAAUAAAAGUUACCCCUUCUUUCUUUGCAUGAACAUUUGGGCAGCACUAUGCAAAUCUUCCCACAUCCUGACAUAGACGUGGAGGCAUGUUAGAAUGAGCUGUUUAGGAGGGCGUGGUUGACUCUUAACUUUCAUAAAGAAUAUCUCUUUGGAUUUGAGACUGUAUGCCGCAUUCCAAGCAACCCGUAACCCGUGUUUUUCCAACCUUCUACCCGUGAAAGUGCAGUGGAAUGGCAGUCAAAAAAGUGCCUUCCCACCUGUGAACUCGUACUAGAUCGAUGUGAAGGAAAAUAACUUUCUUACUGUACAAUUUUACUCAGAGCUUGUAUCAAAAAUAUGCAUGAUUAGGGACUUCAGUUAGGAGGAAAAAAUUCAAUUAAAUUAAAGUUUAUUUGGACAGCACUUUUUACAAUACAAAUCAUUACAAAGAAUCUUUACAGAAAAUUACGUUUCAACAAUAUUUAGUAGUAGCUCAUAGUUACUUACUGUAUUUUUUUUUAAUUGCGGUAUACUACUGUAUUCGCCGUAAAGGCCUUUGUGGCGCCAUUCCAAUGACAUACUCCUUCUGCGGUGCGUUUGCAUCGUGUAAUUUUUUACAUACCCAUGUUAACAGAUUCUAGCAUUCACACUGCACACGGUUGCGGUCCGUCAAUGCGUUCCAGGAGCAGUGCGUCUGCAGCAGUGCAGUGAUCGUUUAUGUACCGAGUCUAUUUUUGCUCUGCUGCAUGCUCUUAAUUAAAGUGAAAGCGCAUUGUUCGCGGUGAAAAUUAACAUGGAUUGACACGGAAAUGUAGUCAUUUCACAAUAAAUGUAUACUAAUUAAAGCCUACUGUGUUUCACACGCAACACAUGGGUUUUGGCUAGAUUUAAAACAAGAAAAAGAGCAACUUUAGAGAAACAAGGCAACAUUAUAUAUGCAUUUUUAUAGAGGCAGAAAAACAAAGUGAUUUAAGACCCCUUGGAUUGCGUGUAAUAAAGAUUUAAAGCUGCGGUAGGGAACUUUUGACGCUCUAGCGGUUAAUAAACAGAACUGCUUGCGUCUUGCGGAAGAACAUCGUAGCUGGAACUACUUCUCUCUGUUUAUGUCUAUGAAGAAUCACAAAGGUACUGGGUUACUCCGCUGCUGUAUCCCCGAAGCAAUCUAAAAUAGUCCGAAUAUAAACACUUAUUAUAGGUGCACCCUAGUGAUUCAGGACAAGCUUGGAAAAUGGAAUCAUGGUGUACUCGCUUAUUAUAUACAUUUUUCUAAAUUUUGAACACAAACAAAGUUACAGACCGCAGCUCUGAUUGGUUAUUUUUUACCGGGAGCUAUGGAGUUUCUGCAAAUGGCAAUAGGACCACUGGGAGGAGCCAGAGGAGCUUGAUUUUUUUCACAGAUUAUCUGUCUCAUAUUCUACUGUCAGGACAUAAUGACAGGUUUAAUAAAUAUGUAAAAAAUAUUUUUUUU